AGCGGCACGGCGUCCGAGGUGGCAGAGGCUCCGGAGCGCAGCGCGGCGGCGGCUCCGCCCAGGGCAGCCCCGGGCAGCGCGGGCCGGGCCUAGGAGCCAGCUCUCAUCCCCACUGACCAAGGUUUUAUUGAACUGCACCAGACCGCCCAGCAGGGGACCCUGUCCCCUUCCACCUUGUGCUUCAUAUUAGAUCUGGAAGAAGAAAAAAAACAGUGUGUGUGUGACUGUCAGAUCAGUCAAAGAGAGAUGGACAUGAGUUCACAAAACAUGGCAAGGCAUUAAGGAGGAAACAUAGAACAAGGUGACACUCGGGAAAUGCUUGUCUCAUGCUGUUGGUGAAUAAUUUCUGAGUACUAUGGAUCAUACUGAAGAGAAUGAAAUCCUUGCAGCAACCCAGAGGUUCUGUGUGGACAGGCCAGUCUUCAGUCAUCUGGUCCUCCAGGAGAGGCUGCACAAGAAGGACAAGAUUCCAGAUUCCAUUGGGGAUAAGCUGAAACAAGCAUUCACAUGUACACCUAAGAAAAUAAGAAAUAUCAUCUAUAUGUUCUUACCCAUCACUAAAUGGCUGCCAGCAUACAAAUUCAAAGAGUACGUGCUAGGUGACUUGGUCUCAGGCAUAAGCACUGGGGUGCUGCAGCUCCCUCAAGGUUUAGCCUUCGCAAUGUUGGCGGCUGUGCCUCCGGUGUUUGGCCUGUACUCUUCAUUUUACCCUGUUAUCAUGUAUUGUUUUUUUGGAACCUCCAAACACAUAUCCAUAGGUCCAUUUGCUGUUAUUAGCCUGAUGAUUGGUGGUGUGGCUGUUCGAUUAGUACCAGAUGAUAUAGUCAUUCCAGGAGGAGCAAACGCAACCAAUGGUACAGAAGCAAGAGAUGCUUUAAGAGUGAAAGUCGCCAUGUCUGUGACCUUACUUGCAGGAAUCAUUCAGUUUUGCCUAGGUGUCUGCAGGUUUGGAUUUGUGGCCAUAUAUCUCACAGAGCCCCUGGUGCGUGGCUUUACCACGGCGGCAGCUGUGCAUGUCUUUACCUCCAUGUUAAAAUACCUAUUUGGAGUCAAAACAAAGCGGUACAGUGGGAUCUUUUCAGUGGUAUAUAGUACAGUUGCUGUGUUGCAGAAUGUUAAAAACCUCAACGUGUGUUCCCUAGGCGUCGGGCUGAUGGUUUUUGGGUUGCUGUUGGGUGGCAAGGAGUUUAAUGAGAGAUUUAAAGAGAAACUGCCGGCACCCAUUCCUUUAGAGUUCUUUGCGGUGGUAAUGGGAACUGGCAUUUCAGCUGGGUUUAGCUUGCACGAGUCGUACAACGUGGACGUCGUUGGAUCACUUCCUCUGGGGCUUCUACCUCCAGCCAAUCCAGACACCAGCCUCUUCCACCUCGUGUAUGUGGAUGCCAUCGCCAUAGCCAUUGUUGGGUUUUCAGUGACCAUCUCUAUGGCCAAGACCCUGGCAAAUAAACAUGGCUACCAGGUUGAUGGCAAUCAGGAGCUCAUUGCGCUGGGACUGUGCAAUUCCACGGGUUCACUCUUCCAGACUUUCGCAAUUUCAUGCUCCUUGUCUCGGAGCCUUGUUCAGGAGGGGACUGGAGGGAAGACACAGCUUGCAGGUUGUUUGGCCUCGUUAAUGAUUCUGAUGGUCAUAUUAGCCACUGGAUUCCUCUUUGAAUCGUUACCCCAGGCUGUGCUGUCUGCCAUUGUGAUCGUCAACCUGAAAGGAAUGUUUAUGCAAUUCUCAGAUCUUCCCUUUUUCUGGAGAACCAGCAAAAUAGAGCUGACCAUCUGGCUUACCACUUUUGUUUCCUCCUUGUUCCUGGGAUUGGACUACGGUUUGAUUACUGCCGUGAUCAUCGCACUGAUGACUGUGAUUUACAGGACACAGAGUCCAAGCUACAAAGUCCUUGGACAGCUUCCUGACACAGAUGUGUAUAUUGACAUAGACGCAUAUGAGGAGGUAAAAGAAGUCCCUGGAAUAAAAAUAUUCCAAAUAAAUGCCCCAAUUUAUUAUGCAAAUAGUGACUUGUAUAGCAGUGCAUUAAAAAGAAAGACUGGAGUGAACCCAUCCCUUAUCAUGGGAGCAAGAAGAAAGGCCAUGAAGAAGUACGCUAAGGAGUUCGGGACUGCAAACAUGGCCAAUGCAACCGUCGUCAAAGUGGAUGCAGAAGUAGAUGGAGAAGAUGGUACAAAGCCUGAAGGAGAAGAAGAUGAGAUCAAGUACCCCCCAAUAGUCAUCAAGAGCACCUUCCCUGAAGAGCUGCAGAGGUUCAUGCCCCCCACGGAUAAUAUCCACACCAUCAUUCUGGACUUCACACAAGUCAAUUUUAUUGAUUCCGUUGGUGUAAAAACUCUGGCAGGGAUUGUAAAAGAAUAUGGAGAUGUCGGCAUUUAUGUGUAUUUAGCAGGAUGCAGUCCACAAGUUGUGAAUGACCUCACACAAAACCUAUUUUUUGAAAAUCCUGCCUUAUGGGAGCUGCUGUUCCACAGCAUUCACGACGCAGUUUUAGGGAGCCAACUUCGAGAGGCACUUGCAGAACAGGAAGCCUUAACUCCUCCGCCCCAGGAGGACACGGAGCCCAAUGCCACUCCUGAGGCGUGAGGAACUCAGCCUGGGACGGUGUAUGAGCCUCUCCUGAAACUACUCAUUUACACAUUUUAAAUACCAGACAAUAGAUUUUUUUUUCAAAGGGUAAAUACACAUAGUCAAGGCUUGAUCUGGAGGGUGAAUGAUGCCUAGCAAGAUGUACCUUACUUGUGUGUGUUUUUUAAUUGACUACUUCAAGAUAAACUGGCCUUCACCUGCAUUUAUUGUGCAGUGACAUCUCUGUUACUUUUUAGUAUUAUCUUUGUCAGCCAAGCACUUAAGAAUUUUUCCUUUUAAGUACCUUACCUACAAAUCAGAUAUGCUGUCACCAGAUGGGUGGUGGUUCCUUGCUUUCAUACUUGCUGGUCUACAGAUAUUCUGUAACUAGAGUUAUCAAACAGUAGUGGCAUACCCAGUUUUCUGGAAGUUCUUUCCAAAUAACCAUUUGUUUUUAUAGAAGCAAUGUAAGUGCAUUACAGAAAAUCCAGACUAGCAAAAAUAAGAAAAUAAAAAUACUAUAUUGCUACCAGUUGAGGAUUAUUGCUAACACCUUAAUGUAUCCUGUCAGAUCUUUAUGCAUACAUAUUUACAUCUUUUAACCAAAAUACAAUCACACUCUACAGUGUCUGUAACCUAUUUUUUCUCAUUCCAGAACAUUUUUACCUCAGAUCGUAUUCAAAUUUCACCCACUUGUCCCCAAAUCUGUAGUUGAUUUGUCCAAACUAGUAUCCAUUGUGUGACCUUACACCACAACUGGUCAUGUCCCUUUAAGUCCCUAAGUGUAUCUUAAUCUAGCACAGUCCCUUUUGGGAUGACAUGGACUUGUUAACAAGCCUGGGGCAGUUGUCCUGGAGAAUCCCAUACUGGUCAUGUAUCCACGUGCUUCCCCAAGGUGUUAUUUAGCUUGUCCUUUUAUUUUCUGAACUACCUGUGAUCUAGAAGUUACAUCUGUAGGCCUCAUGGAUUUGAAUAAAACAUUUUUUGUUAGAAUAUAUCAUAGAUGAGACACAGGCUUCAAAUUGCAUCACAUCAGAAAAAAACAUACUGUGUAGUUGACCCUACCAUUAACAACACUGAGGUGAAUACACUGGAUUAACAGAACAGCCUAAUCCCCCAAUUGUGUUUUCACCCUUGUGGUUAGUGAGUUAUCUGCAUGGUGUUCCUUUGGCACGGAAUAAAUUCCCAGUUCCCCAUUAGCCAUUCACCUGGGAGUUUUAACACCUAGUGGUAAUCUUUGCCUGAAUCAGUAAAUAUUAAGGUUUGUGAAUUUUUUCUCUGAUUUUCUUAUUUCUUCUGCAUUUAUUAGUUGGUGUUUUUAUGUAAAUUAUUAUAGCUUUCCUUCCUCAACUUGAGCUAUUUAGUCAUCCUUAAAUACAGUUCUUAUUGGAAAGGCAGGUUUGAUUUUUCCAUUUAAUUAUCAAAUUCAAAGAAAGAAGUUGGUUUCAUAAAUAGAUGGUGACAAAUUAGGUUCUUUUCAAUUUCUUUUUUGGUGUAAUUAUAGACUCGUGAAUUUUUAUAUUUUAAUGUGUUUCAGUCUGUUAUUCUUUUUGGUGCUAAAAUUGUCACAACUGUGACCAGUAGGAGCCCCUAGAAAUGUUGUUGCUAGUAGCCUAAAGACCCUGUAUUUAAGAAAACUAACUCCAAAGUAUAACAUCUUCCUUAGAAGUCCAUAAGAGUUAUUUACUUAACUCCUCAUCAAAUGCAGUUUUAAGCCUAUGAAUGAGUAAAAUGCUUAUUUUCAAGUACUCUUUAUAGUUGUUACAAAGGAGUGAGGGAGACCAUUAAGACAAUUUGUCAUCAAAAGUUCUUAUUCUUACAAUAUUAACAGAUCACUGUAAUUCAAAGCACAAGUAUUAAUUGGCUAACCUGCCUACGGUCUCCCCUGAUAAGAUUUCCUGCUAAUAUUCAGUUUGUCUUUUUUAUACUUUUUAAAAAAUGUUUUCUUAUUGAUUCCUUAUUUUAGUUUUCAUGAAGAAAACACUGGCAGGAGAAAAGUGGUCACAUCCCAGGAAAGUACUACACUGGCAUAGGUCUACUCAAAACCAAACUCUGUGGUUUGUUUGCUUUAACUCCAAUGAGGUUUCUCAUUAUUUUACUAAUUUAAUUCAAAGUAAACCCCUUCUUUCUAAUCAAUUCUUUACCUAGCUAUACAGGGAAGUUAGAUAUACAUUCAGUUAUUUCCUUGGCAAUCAUCACACACAAGAUCCAAUACA